AUUUCAAAAAGCGCGAAAAAAUCAAAUUAUAAAUCUCAUUUGAUUUUGUUCUAGGGUUUUAGCUCACAGAAUCUCCUUCCAUGGUGAACUCUAAGACUAUUGAUUCUUCAAUCUGGUUUGAUUCCUUCGCUAACUUACUUUCUGACUUGGAAAUUGCUUCUCUCUCCUCUGACCUCUCUCCAAAGCUAGUUAAGAAGUUGGAGGAGAACCGCUCCUGGUUAGUCGAAACAGUGUCGCGUUUCAAGCCACCUAAUGCGAAAUCAAAGGAGGCUUUGAAUUCGCAAAUAGUGAAGGCUGGUGAUCAUCAGCUGUCUAUAAGGCCUGAACUGAAAGACGAGGCAUUGAAAGCCAGCUCCAUUUUACAUUUAGAUGAGGUGCAGUCCUACAUUCUUGUUGAAAGAUAUCGGGAGCAGCAUAACUUAGCUUUUGAAACUAUUGUUCAAGAUUCUGUUCAUGCGAUAUUACUUCAGUAUUACGUUGAGCGACAGUGCUUGUUGAAGUGUACAAGGCAGAUUCUCAUGCAUGCGUUACAUGUUGGAACUAGCUCAAAAGAAGGGAGUGUUGUCAGGAAGCAGGCACUAAGGUUGAUCUCUGAUGGAUUGGAAAGCAAUUUGAUUUAUGUCCUAGAGGGACUUCUAUUUGCUAUGCAUCCCAAGGAGAUGGAUAUUGACCUUUUCACUUUGUGGGCCGAGGAGACACUUAUUGAAGACAAUUUGGUUUUGGACAUUCUAUUCCUUGUUUAUUAUGAGUCUUUUUGUACUUGUAAGUGUGAAAAGUGGAAGAAGUUGUGCUCACUCUAUAAGGGAAUCUUAUCAGGCUCUUGUAAUAUUGGAAAGCUGACAAUUUCAACUGAAGCACUAAAUUCUGCUUAUGAUGCUAAAAUUCAGCUGCUGCUUAUCCUUAUGGAAACCCUGGACCUGGAAAGUCUUCUUCAAAUGGUCCAUGAUGAAACUCCUUUUAGGCAGGGUGCUUUGGUUUUUUCCUUGACUGAUGUGCUAGAGAUGGAUGCAUUAUUAGCGACUUUUGAAGUGCUGGAAAUGAAAGAAGCAGGUCCACUUAUUUUUGCAUGGGCAGUAUUUCUUUGCCUAAUUUCAUCACUCCCAGGAAAAGAGGAACAUAAUGCAUUGUUGGUGGGUAUUUUGGAGAUAGAUCAUGUUGGCUAUGUUCGUCAAGCAUUUGAAGCUGGAUCACUGAAUUAUUUUCUGGAAAUCCUUCAGAGUGACUUGUUUGAGGAAUCUGAUGGACCAGUUGCUGGUUAUCGAAGUGUCUUGAGGACCUUCAUUUCUGCUUUUAUUGCAUCUUAUGAGAUCAAUCUUCAGUCAGAGGACAGCACCCUAAAUUUGAUCCUGGAUAUUCUCUGCAAAAUUUAUCGUGGAGAGGAGUCACUUUGUAUUCAGUUCUGGGACAGGGAAAGUUUUGUCGAUGGUCCUAUUCGGUGUUUUCUUUGCAACUUGGAAAGUGAAUUCCCCUUCAGGACUGUGGAACUUGUUCGCUUUUUAUCAUCUCUAUGUGAAGGAAGUUGGCCUGCACAAUGUGUGUAUAACUUUUUAGAAAAAUCCAUUGGUGUAUCUACCUUGUUUGAAAUUACUAGUGAGUCCUUGGUAGAUGGCUUCUCCCAGCUUGUUGAAACUCAUGAACCAUUGCACAUUCCGGGGGUUGAAGGUUUGCUUAUUCCGAGUAAAACUCGAGGACAUGUUUUGAAAGUAUUUGGUGGCAAUACUGCUCUUGUUCGUUGGGAGUAUACACAAUCUGCUAUGCUUGUGUUGCUCCUUCGUUUGGCACAGGAGUUGUAUCCAGAUAGAAGUGAGGAAGCUCUUUUUACUCUUGAUUUGCUUAGUCAAAUGGUGUCCUCUGACAUGGCUCUAUGCUUCGCAAUUAUGGAUAUUGGCAACUCAUUUUAUGUUCAUGAAACUGGCUCGAAUAGGCAGAUGCAAAGGAAUAUGUGGGUUGUAGAGAUAAUUUGCAAUUUGAUUAAGCAUCUGUCUCCAAAUUCCAGUAGCUCUGCAGUAAUGUCCAUGGGUGUCAAUAUCUUAGCAAAGAUGUUGAAGUGUUCCCCUUCUUCUGUUGCUGCAGCUGUUUUAAGGGCAAACAUAUUUGAUGUGGCAUCAGGGGAGAGUAUAUUCGAUAAUGACUAUAAUGGUUUGCCAAGUGGGUGGUUGCUUUCUGGGAAACUAGCAAAGAUGAUUUCGAUUGAUUGUGAGCAGAAUGAUAACGAUUACCCUUUAACCAUAUCAGUGUUGGACUUUACCAUGCAGCUUGUAGAGACAGGUCUGGAGAAUGAUUUUGUCCAGGCUUUAGUUGUUUUCUCACUGCAGUAUAUUCUAGUGAAUCAUGAGUAUUGGAAAUACAACGUGAAGAAUGUCCGCUGGAAAGUAACAUUGAAGGUUCUUGAAGUGUUGAAAACAUGCAUCUUGUCAACUCCAUGCUCUGGAAAAUGGGGUGAGAUAUUCUGGAGUAUGCUACUUUCUGACUCUUCUAUCCACGGUACACUAUUUCGAAUUAUUUGUACAACUUCAGAAGCCUUGGAGAAACUAUAUGUCAUCCGCACCUUAGAACUGAUGGAAAUUGAAGGAUUACAACUUGCUAUAGUUUCUGUUUUGAAUGUUUUGUAUAUCAUGCUCUCAAAGUUCUCAAAGGAAAUUCCUUCCAGCCUUCCCAUCUUUCACCAAGCUUUGCUGUCAUCUACAACCUCACCAGUUACUGUUGUCGCAGCUGUUGCAUCCUUGAUGUCAUAUUUUCGCAAUCCUGCUAUACAGAUUGGCGCUGCCAGACUACUUUCCAUGUUGAUGACUAUAGAUCUUUCCCAACCAAAUUUGUCUGCCAAUGCAUGCUUUGGUUUAGAUGACAAGCAGAUUGCAGGUUUAAGGCAUUCUGCUGAGUGCAUGCUACAGUCUGUAGAAAAUGAAGAUCUAUUUGUUGCUUCGGUAUAUCUGCUCACUGCUGCAGCACAAUAUCAGCCUGCUUUACUUAUUGCUUUAUUUUGUACAAAAGAUAAUGCUGAUGUCCAACCAAGUAAUGGCAACAGUGUGAAGCAUCCAGCAAAUGAAGCAUCCUCGGGGCUUUUAGGGUCCAAAAAGUCAAGUCUGGUUGAUGCACUUCUGCAAUUUGUUGAAAGAUCUGAUGAUCUUAUCAAUAGUAAUCCUUGCAAAUUGCUGAAUGUUCUUAACUUCCUGAAGGCGUUAUGGCAAGGGGUUGGUCAGUACACAAACAUUUUGGAGUGGUUAAAAGGUUCUGGAAAGUUCUGGAAACAACUGGCCAACGCAUUUUCUCCAAUCGCUGAAUCGCAAUCUCCUAAACUUGAUAAAAUGACAGAAAAGGACGCUUUGAGUUUGGCAUAUAAAUAUCAAUGCCAAUCUAUUAUUUUGGAAAUAAUGGCACAUGAUUUGUUCCUGAAGAAAAAGCUGUUACAUGUUGAGUCACUUGUAAAACAAGCUACUGAAACAAACGGGAGGUUAGAAAGUGCAGCAAGUGCUGAACUGUCUAAAUCUGUGAAUGAUAGUGAUCUUAAGGAUAUCUUGUCAAGUUGGUGUCAGAGCUCUGUUUUGGGUAGCUUGAUAAAGUCUUAUACUUCUUGUGCAUAUGAUAAUGAGAUACUUUUUCAUGCAAAGGUUGCUGUGAGUUUACUCACUGUGCUUAUGAUAGAAAAAUUAGCAACUGGUGAUGCCGGAAGUUUGUCUAUUUCAUUACUUGAGAAGUUCAUCAUUAUGUCUAAAAAGCUGACAAGUCAUAGUGCUUUUACUCAAUUGCUGGUGCAAUACUCCCAGCACCGUUACAGUGAAGGAAAAGAAUUAAAGACUUUGAUACUCAGUGAUCUUUACUGUCAUUUGCAAGGAGAGCUUGAAGGCCGUAAAACAAGUCCAGGACCGUUCAGAGAACUUUCCCAGUAUCUGAUUGAAUCUAACUUCUGGCAAUCAUAUGGGCAUAAGCAUGAUGGUGACCUAUUUGCAGCUGCCAAAGAUGUGUAUAUGUUCGAUCUUGACUUCAUAAGAGCAGAUUUGGGUUUUGAUAUAUGGGAUUAUUCAGAGUGGAAAUACUCUAAAGUAAUUGCUGGCACAAUGUUGCAUCGCAUGCAACAUGCAAAUAUGAUGCUUUUGCUUGCAACUUCAAAGCACUUCGCAUUGAGAGCAUUAGUAACUGUCUUGAUUGUAUACGAAGAUAAUUCAUUGGAGAAAGGAACUGCAAUUGGCGGGAAGAUCCCUGAUCAACUAAUUUCGUGCAUUGAGCCCACAUGCCAAAGUUUCCAGUCCACCUUAGAACUGUUAGCUCCGACUUUGGAUACUCCCGAAAAUAUCCUUGAUUUCCUUGCAGCACAAGCUGAAUUACUUCUUCAUCUUGUUAGGUCUGUAGGGAAAAGCCUGCCUUCAUCUGUUUGUGUUCUUGUUUUGAAAACCUGCAGUUCUGGCCUUAAAGUGCUGUGUGACUUGAAGACAACAGUUACUGGGGUAAAAAUAACGAUGAUUCUUCUUUCGUCACUGGAAGUUACUUGCCAUAAUUUAUGUUUAGAUGCAGUGAAAGAAAAGGAAUCUAUUGAAGAUGUUGCUGAGGUCUCUAAUGUGACUUUGGGGUUAUUGCCGAUUCUCUGUCAUUGCAUCACUAGUGCUGAGCACUGUACCCUCUCCCUGACCACGGUGGAUUUAAUACUUAGAAGUUUUCUAGCACCAAGCACUUGGUUCCCCAUCAUACAGCAACAUCUCCAAUUGCAGCUUGUUAUUCAGAUGCUUCAGGACAAAUCAUCUUUUGCCUGCAUUCCUGUAACGUUGAAAUUGUUUUUAACAUUGGCACAGAUCAGAGGAGGUGCUGAGAUGCUUCUUAAUGCUGGAUUUUUCUCAUCUCUAAGAGUUUUGUUUGCUGAUCUACUGGAUAGGCCUGCCUCUGUGGUUAAGCACGAUAAGAGUUUUCUAGAUGAAACAGACAAAGCUGAAAAGCUUCAAUGUAUUUGGGGACUUGGCUUGGCUGUGGUUGCAGCUAUAGUUCAUUCUUUAGGAGAGAGUUUUUCCGUAGAUAUAGUGGACAAUGUGAUACCUUACUUCUUUCAAGAGAAAGCAGAUUUGAUUUCUUAUUAUCUCAAUGCUCCAGAGUUUCCCUCAUUCUAUCAUGACAAGAAACGACCUCAUGCACAAAGGACACGAACUUCUCUGAGAUCUCUUAAAGAAACAGAGAAUACUCUCAUGCUGAUGUGUGUGCUCGCUAAACAUUGGAGUUCAUGGGUUAAGGCCAUGAAAGAAAUGGAUUCACAACUAAGGGAGACAAGUAUCCAUCUUUUAGCCUUUAUUAGCCGAGGAACUAAUCGUCUUGGAGAAUCUUCUGGGAGGACUGUUCCCUUCUUAUGCCCUCCUGUUCUUAAAGAAGAGUUAGAUUGGUGCAAGAAACCAUCAGUUAUCAGCUGCAAAAAUGGAUGGUUUGCUCUUACACCUCUUGGUUCUGUUUCAAAGACUAAGUCCACUACAAUGCCAACCACAACUGCUUUGGUCAUCAGGGAUCAAGCAGCUGAAAGCGGUGAUCCUGUAUCUCAAACAUACUUCUCAGAUGCUGUCUCUAUUCAGAUUUAUAGAAUUGCAUUUCUUGUUUUGAAAUUUCUUUGUUUACAAGCUGAGGGAGCUGCUAAAAGGGCAGAGGAGGUGGGUUUUGUUGAUCUUGCUCACUUUCCCGAGCUUCCGAUGCCUGAAAUUUUGCAUGGCUUACAGGAUCAGUCAGUUGCUAUUGUCACUGAAAUUUGUGAGGCAAACAAAUUGAAGCAGAUUCAUCCUGAAAUUCAUCACAUCUGUCUUUUACUGCUUCAAAUAAUGGAAAUGGCCUUGAACUUGGAACUCUGUGUUCUACAGAUUUGUGGGAUAAGGCCAGUCUUAGGACGCGUGGAGGACUUCUCAAAGUCAGUCAAAUUAUUGAUACAAGCGACGGAAGGGCAUGCUUUCCUUAACACAUCAAUGAAGUCGUUGAAGCAGAUAAUAUCAAUUGUCUACCCUGGAUUGCUGUAAACUCGUGAGAGCACAGGUACACUCUCACAUUAUAUAAAAGAGUUGAAAUAAUUUUAUAGAUGUUAUGAUUACACGGAAAAUGUGAAAAACAAAAGGGAUAAAAUUUUGUUGAAAAGUUGCUUGCGCAUGCUAAUAUUAUAUAUAAUUAAGGCGUUUUGUCUUGUCAUUUUCUUUUUCUUUCUUUGUUUUAAAAAGAUAUGCCAAAGGGAGUAAUAGUUUCAAUCCCUUCUGUGUUGCAUAAUUGCCAUCACUCAUUGGGAUAUGAUUUGGUUUCUUUUUCUCAAAAGAAGCUGAUGUUUUUAGCACAUUUAGUGGGCCAAGGUCCUUAUCACACAUAGCUUGACAUGUUUCCAACACGACAGUGAUUCCACAUGGGUUUAUACAUUUAUCUUCAAACAUAAUGACAUGACACCACUGUUCUGUCCCUAGAAGAGACAUGAUUCUUGUUUAUCAAAUUUCAAUACAAAAAGCUGUUAAUCUCAGCUUUAGUUUGAUUCCAUUAUCAUGAUGAGAAGAAAAAAUAAACUAGGUGAAGGGGAAAGCAUAUGUCGGUUUCUGCACGUCCGAUGAUGAGGACUACUUUUUUCAUGAAAACAGGCAAAAGUCUUAAAGAAGGCUUUGCAUCUGAUACCUCUCUAUAUGACUAUAUUGUAUUGCAUUUAAAAAAUACGUUAGAUCCUAUAUGAACUUUAAUUAAGCAUGGACUGUGAUAUGUUAUCAGAACUCAUCAUUUUAAUAUAUAAAAAAAAUAAAAUAAAAGUCUAGUAAA